CAGUAUAUGUAUUGAUUAUGGGAACUCAAGUAAGCCGGUGUGCUUACAUUGAACCUCUCACCUAACGUCCGUCUUUUGCGGCCUCCCUGUCUGCCACGCCAUAAUUAUGACUCGCAAUCAUAUUAAUAUCCGUGAUCAUUCAGCUUGAUGUCGACUAGCUUGUUCGUGCAGAUGACGGACCUCAAACGACUGCUGAACCAAAUCAACCCGUUCUCCUCUCGCCAUGAGACAAGCGACAAUCACAGUGAGGAAGAGGAAUACAAGCUACCGAACAUGGCGUCUCUGGUCAUCAUGCUUUCAAUGAAUCUCCUUCUUCAAGUUUCGUUUUUCAUCGUCGUUUCAUCGUCAAACAAAUAUGCAGAGUACCUGGGAGGAAAUGCCACUUUCUCUGGAAUUGUCAUCGGCAUCCCGACGGCUUUUGCUGGACUUUCUUUGAUCCCCUUGACAAAGUACGAUAAAGGGAUGUACAAAAUGCCUCUUCAUGUCAGUUGCUGCUUCGCCAUUCUUGGCCACGUCGCCUACGCUCUGGCUUUCCGGGUCAACUUCUUAUAUUUGAUUCUUAUCGGCCGUUGCCUCAACGGGGUUGCAUUCUCCAUGUUCAUGUACUGCAAACGGUACUGCACGGACCCCCGAAUUGUUGGCACCAGACGGAGAACGACACUUGCUAGCUGGCUGGUCAUCGGUCAAGGGAUGGGCAUGAGCCUUGGCCCAUUUCUUGGUGGCGUGUUGUACAACAUCGGGUUCUCCAACUCAAUUUUCAAUGGUUAUACAAGCCCAGGAUGGAUCAUGGCUGGGAUUUACGUUGGUUUCUGGGUUUUGGUGACACAAUAUUUUGAGGACAUCCCUCAACCACCAACCGUUAUGGAAUUGCAGCCAGCAAGCAAUUCAAAUGCUCCCCCCAUCAUUUCUUUAGAAUUGAAAGGUGGACACGCCGAGGUUUCUCCCAAUUAUGCAUCAGCGCCUACCACACGCCCUCCCUCGCCCGUUGACGAAUCGUUCAGAGCACAGCUCUCGCUGAUUACACGGUCCCAGUGGGGUGUCAUUACAUGCAUGUGUUGGUUUGCGAUGCUCUGUUUUUUCAUUCUAGGCUCUUGGGAAGCCAAUUUGCCUGUGUUUGGUGCCGCUGCUGAAAACUUUCACUGGUCUCCAUUUGCUGCGGGAAACUUCAUUGCUCUCGGCGGAAUAACAAGCUUCCCUUUCCUCCUCUUCAACCUCUUAGCUGCACGUCGCACACAAGAUCGCAAACUCCUCGCAUUCGGUACCAUUCUCGGCCUUACAGGUCUAGUCAUCUUUCUUUCCAUCCUUCGUACUGGCAAAGUCAAUUACGGUUCACUAUUUGCAUGUUGGUGGACCGUGGCGCUCGGCUUCAACCUAGCAACCACUGUGACCCUUAGUCUACUCAGCAAGCAGCUCCCACCCGAGUGGAAUAGCCGUACUUCGAUGGCAAUUCAAUACAGCAACUAUACUGGUCGUGUUACGGGCGCAAUCUGGGGUGGUUCGGGUGUUUCAGUGGGGAUGUUGAACUUUGUGGGGUUGGAGAUUGCUAUGGUCGGUAUUGGAGCUGUGUUGUUUACCACAUUGUGGAGGGAUCUGAAGACGAAGACGGGAUGACCCACUCAGGCCUGGGGAAGAGCAUUUUGUAAUCCAUCUAUAGAGGCUCACCAUCCCCGACUCCCAUGCACAAAAAUCGCUCUGCACUUUUCUCUGCACCCGACUUGAUCCGAUGCAAUUGAUUUCACGGGCGCCUCUAUGUAAACUAACACGAUUGCGUCUUCGUCAACCCAGGCUCAACUGUUCAUACGGAUCUGAGCUUGUACCAUGUACCACCGCCUCUUUAGACAUCGCAUAGCGGUCGUUUGAACGCGCUACCUUUCUCUACCAUACUAUUUAUCACAUGAUAACUCUGAACGUCAUUAUUGCGUGCCAUCCAACAUUGCCCAUCCCACAGCUUUUCAUCGCGUCUAUAAUAUUGCUUGCCUCGCUCGAA